AUGUCGCAACUGGGUGAAGCUGAUGUCAUCUUUUCUUCAGGAAGAGAAGUUUCGGCAUUUUGGGUAGGGAAGACGUGUUUGAUGAAUCAAUAUGUAAAUAAGAAGUUUAGCAAUCAGUAUAAGGCGACGAUUGGAGCUGAUUUUUUGACAAAGCAAGUGCAGCUUGAGAUCUGGGACACAGCUGGCCAGGAAAGAUUCCAGAGCCUAGACGUUGCUUUCUAUCCCGGUGCUGAAUGUUGUCUUCUUGUUUAUGAUGUCAACUCAAUGAAAUCGAUUGAAAACCUUAACAACUGUAGAGAAGAAUUCCUUAUUCAGAUAUAUAUUCUGAACACUGAGAAUUUCCCGUUUGUUGUUUUGGGAAACAAAAUCGAUGUUGAUGUUGAAAUAGUGUCUGAGAAAAAGGCCCCAGCAUGGUGUGCCUCGAAAGGAAAUAUCCCCUAUUUCAAGACAUCUGCCAAGGAAGGAGUUAAAGGCCCCAGCAUGGUGGAGGAAGAGAUGUUAAGUUAA